CAGCAACGAGGAUGAAGUUAGCUAUGCUAGAGCCAAAUUGUGUUAGCAUAAAUUACGCCACAUUUUCUUUCGCAGAAGAAGACCGCAGCUGAUCAACACCUCAAUAACAAUUUCACGUUAUGUGAUCUGCUCAUCUGAGAAAACAUUUACUUUGUUGACAGUUGAGUUUUUACUGUGCAGCUUCACUCGAGUGAACUUCGCUCCGUUCACUGACUAGCCAAACAAACAACAGGUUGAAACCUGAGUUUCGCUCGAGUAUUUUGCAGCUGUUUGUGUGCCUGGAUAAAGGAAGAAUGGAGAUUUCCUUUAGAGGAAAGCGUGCUUUGGUGACUGGAGCUGGCAAAGGGAUUGGACGGGCCACCGCUCUGGCUCUGGCACGCUGUGGGUCAGAGGUCACGGCUGUCACACGCACCAAAGCUGACCUGGAUAGCCUAGUGCAGGAGUGUCCCUCCAUUAAGCCGGUAUGCGUGGACCUGUCGGAUUGGGACGCCACCGAGGAGGUGCUGAAUAAUGUUGGCCCGGUGGAUCUUCUCGUGAACAAUGCAGCCUGCGCAAAACUUCAGCCCUUCCUUGAAGUCACGCCAGAUCAGUUUGACAUGUCUUUCAAUGUCAAUGUAAAAGCUGCACUUCAUGUUGCUCAAAUCGUGGCUCGGGGUAUGAAGGCCAGGGGAACUGGAGGAUCCAUUGUGAACGUCUCGAGUCAGGCAUCACAGUGUGCCCUGAAGGAUCAUGCCGUGUACUGUGCCACUAAAGCAGCGCUGGACAUGCUGACCAAAGUGAUGGCGCUGGAGCUGGGGCCGCAUCAGAUCAGAGUGAAUUCUGUGAACCCGACGGUGGUGAUGACGGAGAUGGGAAAGAUUGGAUGGAGCGACCCAGAAAAAGCCCGAAGCAUGACAUCACGCAUCCCACUGGGCAAAUUUGCAGAAGUGGAGGAUGUGGUGAACUCCAUCCUCUUCCUCCUCAGCGAUAAGAGUGCCAUGACCAACGGAGUGAUGCUGCCUGUGGAUGGAGGCUUUCUGGCUUGCUGAACAAAUGAGGUGAAGGAAGAAUGGAUGCAUUUUAUGUGUUACAACUCGUGUGUGUUCAUGUUGGCCACGGGUUUUUAUGAAACGCAUUAUUUUGGGACUGUUUCUCACAGAUAUUCAGAAGACUGGGGAGUCAUAUAGAGACUGUUAUAAUGGCAUUUUCGUCUUUUUUUCCCUUUAAUUUUCAUUGUGCUAAAAAGAGCAGCAUGAACAUUCUGUGAAAUAUCUUCUUUUCUUUCUUUUUUUUUAUUACAUGAAAUAAAGCAAAUCCAUUAUGGAA